GUUGUCGCGGGAUUGUAACGGGAGUUGUAGUGUUUACAGCGGCGAUCCAACGGGGCGCCUGGGAGGAAAACUUUCUCCAGAGUUUAGUCUUAGAGAAAAGGGAUUCUGCAGCUACCUUGGUCAGGUUCCUCUGGUAAAAGAGAUUUCUGAUCUCAAUGGGACCUGCUGGUGAAAGACAGGUAAAAUAAAAAUAAUCAAUAAUAAAUAAAACAACGCUCCGAGGAUCAUCCAUGGGAUUAGGAGUGACUCCAAACCAGGAAUGCUGCAGUGGCAUCCCAUGCUCUGGAUACAUCUGUGUUUGGGGGCCUCUUGGAGCACCGACUCCAGCUGAAUGUGGGUCGGUCUCAGCGUGAGUGAGCAUCUUUCCUCGCUCUGCCAGCAGCUAGGAUCAGGCCAGGUAGGGGACCUGGAUGUGACUUCACUCCCACUGAGGAUGCUCUGAACUGGGAAGAAUCUUCCAAAGUGUCUGCACACCCCCCCCACACACCUCCCAACGAAAACAUGGCCUCAGCGUCGUCCAGCCCGGGAUCGGCUUCCCCCGGCUCGCAGGUUCACGCCGCAGCUGUCAACGGAGAUAGGAGCGCCCUCGUCAAACUCAUUUCAGCGGAGCCCCUGUUGAGAGACCACGAGGACCAGUUUGGCCGCACCCCGCUGAUGUACUGCGUGCUGGCCGACCGGCUGGACUGCGCCGAGGUUCUGCUGAAGGCCGGAGCCUCGGUCAACAAGACGGACCACAGCCAGCGGAGCGCUCUGCACCUGGCGGCACAGAAGGGCAAUGUGCGUUUCCUGAAGUUGCUCCUGUCCAGGCGGGCCAACUGUCUGCAGAAGGAUUUGGAGGGAAUGACCCCGCUCCACCUGGCCACCCGACACCCGUCUCCCAAAGCCCUCGCCCUGCUGCUCAAACACAUCGGGCCUGGAGAGGUGGACACACAGGACAAGAAUAAGCAAACCGCUCUUCACUGGUCGGCGUUUUAUAACCGGCCGGAGCACGUCCGCCUUCUCAUCAAGCACGAUUCCAACAUCGGCAUCCCGGACAGCGAGGGCAAGAUACCUCUGCACUGGGCGGCGCACAGCCAGGAGGCCAGCGCCACGCAAACCGUGCGCUGCAUACUGGAAGCGGCGCCCACAGAGUCCCUGCUGAACUGGCAGGACUAUGAGGGUCGGACGCCUUUGCACUUUGCCGUCGCCGACGGUAACCAGGCCGUGGUUGAGGUGCUGACGUCUUACGAGGGCUGCAACGUCACCGCUUACGACAACCUGUUCAGGACGCCGCUGCACUGGGCGGCUCUGCUGGGGCAUGCAAAAAUCGUCCAUCUGCUGCUGGAGCGAAACACAUCUGGGACGAUUCCCUCGGACAGCCAAGGAGCGACGCCGCUGCAUUACGGAGCUCAGAGCAACAACGCUGAGACGGUCGGUGUGUUUCUGUCGCACCCGUCUGUGAAAGACGAGCCCGACCUGGAGGGGCGGACGGCCUUCAUGUGGGCCGCCGGGAAGGGCAGCGACGACGUCAUCCGCACCAUGCUCGCCCUCGCCCCUCGAAUCGACAUCAACAUGGCCGACAAGUACGGCGGCACCGCGCUCCACGCCGCCUCCCUGUCAGGCCACGUGAGCACGGUGAGGCUGCUGCUGGAGAAGGGAGCGACGGUCGACUCUCUGGACGUCAUGAAGCACACGCCGCUGUUCCGCGCCUGCGAGAUGGGUUACAAAGAUGUUAUACUCACGCUCAUCAAAGGUUCCGCCUGUGUUGACCUGGUCGAUGUGGACGGUCACACCGCUCUCCACUGGGCGGCCCUGGGGGGGAACGCCGAGGUCUGCCAGAUACUGAUGGAGAACGGGAUUAGUCCCAACGUGCAGGAUCACGCGGGACGCACUCCGUUGCAGUGCGCCGCCUACGGUGGUUACAUCACAUGCAUGGCGGUUCUCAUGGAGAACAAUGCCGACCCAAACAUUCAGGACAAGGAGGGGCGGACGGCGCUCCACUGGUCUUGCAACAACGGGUACCUGGAUGCUGUGAAGCUGCUGCUGGGCUACAACGCCUUCCCCAACCAAAUGGAGCACACCGAGGAGAGAUAUACCCCCCUGGACUACGCUUUGCUGGGGGGCCACAGCGAGGUGACCCAGUUCAUGCUGGAGCAUGGCGCUCUGUCCAUAGCGGCCAUCCAGGACAUCGCCGCCGCCACCAUCCAGGCCGUCUACAAGGGCUACACCGUCCGUAAGGCCUUCAGGGAGAGGAAGCAGCUCCUCAUGCGGCACGAGCAACUGCGCAAGGACGCGGCCAAAAAGAGAGAGGAAGGGCAGCGAAGGAGAGGGGCAGCGCAGCGGGUUCCAGAGGACGGCGCAGACAGACGACGGGUUUCACCGUCGGGAGCGGAGCAGGAGGAGCUCCUCUUAACGAACAUCGUGGAAGGCCUAAACGUGAACGAUUCGACUUUGGACGCGAAGAACCGCGCAAAGAUCAAAGAAGGGAGGCAUAAAGCCCAGAGGAGCAGGUUAUCCAGAAGAAGUAUCGCAGCUGAAAGACAUGCAGCCCCUGAAGCUUUGAGCUGCAGUUCUACUCUGAGCGACCACGCCGCGUCUGAAGCUCCGCAGCACACCAAGCUGAAGAAGCUCCUCUCUCCCGCCGGCUCCAGAGAGCCCCCCAGUCCAAGACCCACACCCCACACAGCGCCCAGAGCUGGGCAACGAUCCUCCUCGGUGGCGUCUGCUGCUUCCACGGCCGUCUCCCCUGCUGACCGAGCUGAGGCGAGACCCGGAGAGGGCAGGAAGAAAGACUCCUCACGCAAGCACAGGAGCCACAAGGAGCCGACCUCAGAGGCAGCUCUCAGAGACCGGGCUCAGCCUCCGUCACUGAGGAGCAGCUCCUCUUCAGAUCCCAAGAGGCUUCGGAGGAGAGCGCAGCCUGAGGUGACCUCAACAGGCACCGAGGAGGAGCGGGUCAGGAGGAAUGAAGCCGCACGUGUCCUCCAGCGAGCGUGGCAAAGGUUCUGUGCACGCAGGAGGAGAGAGGUGAGGGCCUGUGAAGAAGCCGAGCCGAGCAAGUCGAGCUGCACCCACGGAAGGAAGAAAAUGGACAACAGAGCGGCGCCUGGCAAACCUGCGUCGAGUAAAAGCUCCGUGCUGCAGAGCAUCUAUGGUAACUCUAUGGCGCGACGAGGACGCUCGCUGCAGGGCUCUCAGCCCCACCUCCUGCUGGACGCUCCCCUACGCACGCAGAGUCAGCUGGGCGGUCUAGACUUCGUGCACCUGACCGACGCCUUGAGUCAAGCCAAGCAGUUCUCCUACCACCUGAGACCGCAGAGUGCAGGACAGGGGACGAGAGGCCGCGGGAAACACUGAGCUCACUUCCUGUCUGCCAACAGUGCCUUACCAAAAAACAAACUUCAGUUUUUGUUUGGGUUUUUUUUUAUUGGGAUUUUAAGAAAUGGACUUAAUUCACAUUAUUACUUAUUAUGAAGUAAAAGAAAAUGUGCGAUG